AUGCAGGUCACGGAUGACCGGCCGGAGCCAUCGUUGGCGCUCAGCCUCCGCGUGGGAUCCGAAGAGGAGCCGCAGCCGCAGCCGCAGAAUCGCCUUCGGCACGCGCCGACCCGGCAGAGUCCCAGUCUUCUCUCCCGGCCCGCAGGCUCCAGCGUGCCGCCCCAGACAUACUACGCACCGGCCUCGUCGCCUGCUGGGGCUGGGCUGGCGCCGCAGCUGCAGCUCGGCAGCAACAGCCUCCCACUCCCGCUCCCGCUGGGGGCGACGCCGCCAAGCGCCAGAGCCGCGCUGCGUCGCGUGCAGCCUCCACUACGGUCGUUUGGCGGCGGACUUGCUGAAAAGGGUGAGCGAGGACCUCGAUCGCACUCGCAGGGUGGGGUUGCUGCGCCAGGAGCUGAGCGCCGAGGUGAGAAACGAGGUCCUGCGGCUCCAUGCCGCCGCCGCGGCGGCAGCAGAGCAGGGGUCCCCCUCCCCGCUGCUGCGUUCUCGGCAGCAGGCUUGCCGCAGCCGCAGCAGCCCUGCGGAGGCGCGUGGCGCUGGUGCCCCGCCUGCGGGGCCAGGGCGGGGACGGUGGUCCUCAAGCCGUACGAGCACAUCUGCCUCUGCGCCCAGUGCUCGGACGCCAGCCGCCUGUGCCUGCAUUGCUAUUGCAGCUUCACCUGGACAGGGGCUGUCGAGGCUGCCUCUCGUGGACGUGGUCGUGGAUGUGGACGUGGAGGACUCUAA